AUGGCGACAACUCUGGCGGAACAUGUAUCGCUGCAAAAAGUUCAUGAUCAUUAUGUUUCCACGCACCAUCCCCAAAAGAUGGGGAAUUCGGCACCCAUCGCGUACGGAGGAUACGCUAUCGCUCUCGCCAUACACGCUGCGUCUAAGAGCACCCCGGAUGGAUUCCACUUGUACUCCGCGUUUGGACACUACCUCCGACCAGUAAGCAUUGCAACCAAUGUGAUAUGCACGCCUGUGAAACUCCGCCAAUCGAAGAGUUUCAUAACCUACCGCGUCGCCGUUGAACAAAAUGACCCAUCGACUGGCCGAGUACACCUAUGCAUGGAGAUGCUAGCCGACUUCCACAGAGAUGAACCGUCAGUCCUCGCAUUCUCCAGUGAACCCACUCGGAGUUACAGUCACUGGCGGGACUGUGUGCCCUGGAACCAACUCGUGGAGGACUGGGUCAAAGCUGGGAAAAUCUCAGAGCCACAGUUCAGAGCUUUUAACACUCUAUUCGGACUAUCCCGGGACCUCUACGAAGGCCGCCCCUGUCCGGAAGGAAUUACCACUCAAAAUAUGAUGGGGUUGGCCAAGACCGUCAAAACCAGCCAGGAGGAAUUGUCCCCAACAGCAAAGUCGUCAGCUGACUGGCUUCGAGUCAAACACCCUCUACAGACAGAUGGGGAACAAAUGGCCAGCUUGGGGUUCAUUAUGGAUGGUGUUUUGUCGUUUUUACCUUUGGCGCACAACCACAUGUUCUUCGAGGACGUUGGUGUGUGCUCGAGCUUGGAUUUCGCUCUCCGUGUCUUUAAGCCGCAGCCCAAAAUGGAUGAGUGGCACUUGAGAGAGGUGAUUAAUCACCAUGCGGGUAACGGCCGCACAUAUAGCGAGAGUAAAUUGUGGGACGAGGGAGGGAAUUUAGUGGCUUCUAUGACACAGCAGUCGAUUUUGCGAGUUCCUACCAAAGCCGCAAGGAUGUAA